GGGUGAGUCACGUCCAGAGUAGUGAGUGUGGAGGAGGGUGAGUCACGUCCAGAGUAGUGAGUGUGGAGGAGAAUGGUAGUGUAGUUAUGGAGACAUGGUGGUGUAGUUACCAGUUACCUCACAUUACUUCCACUAAACCCACACUAUCCUGGUCUCUCUUGCUCCCUUCAUUCCCUUUAUUACCUUUCUCGUACCCCUUAUAUGACAAGAACUUGAAAAGGAAUCCAGAUGAGCUAUGCUGAAAGAACGUGGUGAGCUAUACAGCAGAGGUGCGCAUCAACACUGAUCAGAAUGACACACACACAAAAGUCAGAUUUCUUUUUCCAAAUGUGGUUUUGAUAUUGAGUUCGUGUCGUUCGUAAUAUUAGCACGGGUUUUGUAAGCCUCUGGUUUGGGUUCUUGAGCCUCUGGUUCGGGUUCUUAAGCGUCAUGUUCGGGUUCUUAAGCCUCUGGUUCGCGUUCCUAAGCUCUGGUUCGAGCCUGGCUUAAAACUCUAGUUCGAAGCUAAUCCAAUCCUUAAUGAAUACUACUCUUCUCUUCCUCAAAUGCUACUCCAUCGAAUGGUAAAUUAUGCUGUAUUAGCAUUCUCAAAUAUUUUGCCAGCACUAGCGUCUAUGUUACUACUCGCCAAUGCUGACCGAAAUCUCUUCCUUUCUCCUGCAGGGAUGAUGACGCUGGAGCAGGAGAGGGACCAUCCCAGAGGGGCUACAGGCGGCGAGGCAGCCUUCCCCGCCCACCCGAGCCUGCAGGCCAGCCUGCAGCCUGCGUCAACUCACCCCCGGCUUCCCCACCUCCACCUCUCCCCGAAGGUCAUGAAACCCAGUAGCCACUUCGCGCGUAGGUCGAGGACUCCCGUCAGGCAACUGCAGGUGGAUUCAGACACCGUCCUACCUUACCCGCCUCCUCUCGAGUCCUCUGCCCUGUUGGGCACACGCCAGGGGCAGAGGUCAUCUAAAUCCCCGAGGGCAUCUCCCAUCCAGGGUCACAGGUCACCGCUGGGGAAGAGGUCAACCCAUGGCCACGGCUACAAGCUAGGGUCUGGAGGGAUGAAGGGGCCUUCUGAAGGAGGCAGCAGAAGGGGCAGUGAGACGGGCGUGGCCCAGAAACAGAAGAAGCUGGCGUGCGAGGUGGUGGUUCCUCCAUUACCUCCGCCUCCUGAUCCCAGGGCGCAGAGCCGCAUCCCAGCGCAGCCCUCCAGCGUGGAAAGCGCCGAGAGUGUGAACCUGAUGGACCUCUCUAUUGAUACGGAAGAAAGUGUAGUAAGUUUUGACUUAGAGAGUCCCCCUACGGGUGAGCAGACUAUGGACGUAGAGUACAAUGUCGUGCCGUCACACCCCAGGGCAACAGUGACUCCCCUCGCCUCCCCUGUGUGGGCAGCAAACACACUCACCUCAACCUAUCACCCAGCGUCACCCCCGGGGGCCAUGAAUCCCUCUAGAAUCCCCACCAUCAGCGGUUCCUCACCAAGAAAAGCCUCCCCCACUGUCCUCUCUCCCGUAGUAGUGAGUAUGUCCAUCGUGGGAGGUAUGAAGCCAGAGGACACGCUGCCGCUGCUGGAUAUGCCUUGCGACGUGCCCAUGAACACUGGGGACACAGUGCCCCUGCUGGGGUCCUCCCUUGACGAGGACUCUAUACAAGAGCCAAGACCGAAGGACUUCCGGAACAUCGUAACGUUAGGACCUCUGCACCUCGCAAAGCAGUCGAUGGUGCAGGAGCCUUCAGGUAUUUGCUCCUUCGUCAGUUCCUCCGUCAGCGAAAACGCUUCUAUUACCAAAAGCGUCCUGCCCCCUGGAGGUAAGACGCUGCCACUGCUGGGGUUGUCUCCAGCGUCUCUAGGCUCCCCGGGGGCUGGACCCCAGGAGGGCGCUCCAGACAGACCCGAAGUAACCUCCCCAGCACCUCUCUCCACCCCAGAUCUUCGUGUUGACAUGUUCGAGGCUGACUACCCCGGAGAGGGUUGGCUAGCGGGUAACAGCGACGAUAACAUGGAGGUUCGAUCCCCGCCAGUCCUACCCACUGGCUUCCCGGCCAUCACGCCCGAAGACCUCACGCCCGCGGAGCUUCACGAGUUCGAUAUGAAGUAUGGGUCGCCGCAUCACGCGCGAUCUCGCUCCAUCAAGUCCUUAGCGCGUCCUACUCUACUGGCCCUACCUCUAGAGAGACCGAGACUCACGUCCCUCCCGGUUAAUGGCGCAGACGACGACGAUGACGACUACUAUCGUCUCAGGCACUUCUCCAUCACGGGUCGGCGUAUCGUCAACCGCGGCGACUCGUUCAAGUCGCGUCGCACGCGAUCCAACACGAGCGUUGCCUCUGACGCUUCUAGGGUUGUGACGUCAUUGGAGGGCGGGGCCAACUUUAUGACGUCACUGGAGGGAGCUUGUCGCUCAUUGGCUCCCGGGUUGCCCCCUGCCAUCACCCUGUCCUGUGACGACGUGUCGUGCAUGUACCCAUCUCUCAGCCCCGUCCACACUGUAUCGUCUGACGUCCACACUAUAUCGUCUGACGUCCACACUAUAUCGUCUGACGUCCACACUAUAUCGUCUGACGUCCACACUAUCUCAUCUGACGUCCACACUGUAUCGUCUGACGUCCACACUAUAUCGUCUGACGUCCACACUAUAUCGUCUGACGUCCACACUAUAUCGUCUGACGUCCACACUAUCUCAUCUGACGUCCACACUAUCUCGUCUGACGUCCACACUAUAUCGUCUGACGUCCACACUAUAUCGUCUGACGUCCACACUAUAUCGUCUGACGUCCACACUAUAUCGUCUGACGUCCACACUAUAUCGUCUGACGUCCACACUAUAUCGCCUGACGUCCACACUAUAUCGUCUGACGUCCACACUAUAUCGUCUGACGUCCACACUAUAUCGUCUGACGUCCACACUAUAUCGUCUGACGUCCACACUAUAUCGUCUGACGUCCACACUAUAUCGUCUGACGUCCACACUAUAUCGUCUGACGUCCACACUAUAUCGUCUGACGUCCACACUAUAUCGUCUGACGUCCACACUAUAUCGUCUGACGUCCACACUAUAUCGUCUGACUCUGACGUCCACACUAUAUCGUCUGACGUCCACACUAUAUCGUCUGACGUCCACACUAUAUCUUCUGACGUCCACACUAUAUCGUCUGACGUCCACACUAUAUCGUCUGACGUCCACACUAUAUCGUCUGACGUCCACACUAUCUCGUCUGACGUCCACACUAUCUCAUCUGACGUCCACACUAUCUCAUCUGACGUCCACACUAUCUCAUCUGACGUCCACACUAUCUCGUCUGACGUCCACACUAUCUCAUCUGACGUCCACACUAUCUCAUCUGACGUCCACACUAUCUCGUCUGACGUCCACACUAUCUCAUCUGAAGUCCACACUAUCUCAUCUGACGUCCACACUAUCUCAUCUGACGUCCACAAUAUCUCAUCUGACGUCCACACUAUCUCGUCUGACGUCCACAAUAUCUCAUCUGACGUCCACACUAUCUCAUCUAACGUCCACACUAUCUCAUCUAACGUCCACACUAUCUCAUCUGACGUCCACACUAUCUCAUCUGACGUCCACAAUAUCUCGUCUGACGUCCACACUAUCUCAUCUAACGUCCACACUAUCUCAUCUGACGUCCACACUAUCUCAUCUGACGUCCACAAUAUUCUCGUAUAUGUCUCUGUAUUGGCCUACUUUUCGAGCCCAAGUGGGCCAUAUCUCAUCCAGGAGUGGCCAGAUGCUGGAUCAGUAAUGGGUCAUGUCUCCCACACGGGAAUGGCCAGCCUUUGGAACUAUAAUGGACCAGAGUUUCUCACUGAGAAGAGAGAACUGGACACUGGAAAGAGAGAAAUGCUGACUGGAAAGCCAACUUUUGACUGGGGUGUGGCUAUAUUAAUGUAUGUUGAUGGCAAUGUUGCAAGGGGUGUGGCUAUAUUAAUGUAUGUUGAUGGCAAUGUUGCAAGGGGUGUGGCUAUAUUAGUGUAUGUUGAUGGCAAUGUUGCAAGGGGUGUGGCUAUAAUAAUGUAUGUUGAUGGCAAUGUUGCAAGGGGUGUGGCUAUAUUAAUGUAUGUUGAUGGCAAUGUUGCAAGGGGUGUGGCUAUAUUAAUGUAUGUUGAUGGCAAUGUUGCAAGGGGUGUGGCUAUAUUAGUGUAUGUUGAUGGCAAUGUUGCAAGGGGUGUGGCUAUAUUAAUGUAUGUUGAUGGCAAUGUUGCAAGGGGUAUGGCUAUAUUAAUGUAUGUUGAUGGCAAUGUUGCAAGGGGUAUGGCUAUAUUAAUGUAUGUUGAUGGCAAUGUUGCAAGGGGUGUGGCUAUAUUAGUGUAUGUUGAUGGCAAUGUUGCAAGGGGUAUGGCUAUAUUAAUGUAUGUUGAUGGCAAUGUUGCAAGGGGUAUGGCUAUAUUAAUGUAUGUUGAUGGCAAUGUUGCAAGGGGUGUGGCUAUAUUAGUGUAUGUUGAUGGCAAUGUUGCAAGGGGUGUGGCUAUAUUAAUGUAUGUUGAUGGCAAUGUUGCAAGGGAUGAAGAGUUCGGUGAGCACUCUGUGUCUAUAUUGUUAGACGGUGAGGAGAGUGAGAUCAUGUUUGUGGAUCAUCCUGCUGAUGAGAUGACGGUGGAGAAUUACCUGGGAACGUACGAGCCUCACGCCUUUGUAGUGGUUUAUAGUGUGGUGGAGAAGACUAGCUUCCAGAGGGCCGAAGAGGUGCUACAGUACCUUUGGAGACUCGAUGUGAUGGCGAACAAAGGUGUAAUACUUGUAGGUAACAAGACGGAUAUCGUCAGGUCCCGCUGCGUCACCUCCAAAGAAGGAUCGAACCUGGCUGAUUCUUACGACUGCAAGUACAUCGAGACCUCCAGCGGCUUCAACCACCAGGUGGACGAACUGCUAGUAGGAAUACUCAAACAAAUUCGCCUCAAGAGCCGUGACAGUGAGGUCACAGCUAGGAAAAGGAGCACUAGGAAGAAAAAAUAUCGGGGCUCCAAGACUUCGGCUAGCCUGAAGGUGAAGAGCUUCUUAACUAAAGUCUGUGGUAAGGAGACGAAGAGUAAGUCUUGCGAGAACCUCCAUGUUCUCUGACUGACUUGGCUCUGACCCUCUCUGCCCCUCGGCUGGAACUUUUCCAAUCCGGUUCUCAACUUAUGGAUGCCAUACUGAGGAACUCAUUCGCACCCAGGAGAGAGUAAAUAAAGGGCAGAUGUUUGAGCUAUGUUUAUGUCGACACCAAAAAAAAAAAAAACACUGCUUUUGUGAAGGAACAAAUUGAGUGUCAAUUCUUCACUCAAAAAAAAAUCACGAUAUACAUUAUUCUGUUUUUGUUAGCCCAGAGGAAAAAAAAAUGGGCUUUACUUCUGUGCCCUCAAUAACCAUAGAAAAUGAG